CUGUGUGACACAACAAGACACCGACUUUAUUCCCGCCAUGUGUGGCAUCUCAGCAGGGAGGAAGAACAAUCUUUGUCUUUUAGGCAUGGAGCUAGUGCACGAAAGCUUCCUGGUGAGCGCAGGUUUCUCCUCAGUGUGAAACUCCAGCAGGUCUAUCCGGUGGAGCUCGUCCGCGAUGGCAACAGGUGCGGCUCCGUGGUUGCCGCUGGCGCGUGCGGCGGCCAUAGGAUGGAUGCCGGUGGCCAGGGCGCCGAUGCCGGUGGCCCCGCGGGAACCACAGCAUGGGAAAGGCGGCGUGCUUGUGCUGAACGUGAGCGGGAUCAGAUUCCAGACGUGGCGGGACACGUUGGAGCGGUACCCUGACACACUGCUUGGCAGCUCUGAAAGGGACUUCUUCUUCCAGGAGGAAAAUGACGAGUUCUUUUUCGACCGAGACCCGGACCUGUUCCGACACAUCCUCAACUUCUACCGGACCGGCAAGCUGCACUUCCCGCGCCACGAGUGCAUCUCGGCCUUCGACGAGGAGCUCACCUUCUUCGGCAUCGUCCCGGAAGUGAUCGGGGACUGCUGCUACGAGGAAUACAAGGACCGGCGCAAGGAGAACCAGGAGCAGGUCCAAGACGACGAGGAGGCCGACACCAGCCACGAGCAGGUCUCGGUGGACGUGAACCUCCGGGAGUCUAUGUGGCGCGCCUUCGAGAACCCGCACACAUCCACCACGGCACUGGUCUUGUACUACGUGACGGGCUUUUUCAUUGCCGUGUCCGUGCUCGCCAACGUGGUGGAGACAGUCCCGUGCAGCGCUGGGAUCAAGGCAGUGCCGUGCGGGGAACGCUACGAGCUGGCCUUCUUCUGCUUGGACACGGCCUGCGUGAUGAUCUUCACGGUGGAGUACCUUCUUCGCCUGGUGGCGGCGCCCUGCCGCUUCAAGUUCGUGAAGAGCGUGAUGUCACUCAUCGACGUGGUGGCCAUCUUGCCCUACUACAUCAGCCUGGUCAUGCCCGACAACGAGGAUGUGAGCGGUGCCUUCGUCACGCUGCGCGUUUUCCGCGUCUUCCGCAUCUUCAAGUUCUCGCGCCACUCGGCCGGCCUGCGCAUCCUCGGCUACACGCUGAAGAGCUGCGCCUCCGAGCUGGGCUUCCUGCUCUUCACCCUCGCCAUGGCCAUCAUCAUCUUCGCCACCAUCAUGUUCUACACCGAGAAAACCUCCAAAGCCUCCGCCUUCACCUCCAUCCCCGCCGCCUUCUGGUACACCAUCGUCACCAUGACCACGCUCGGGUACGGGGACAUGGUUCCGAGGACGGUGAUGGGCAAGAUCGUGGGGUCCGUGUGCUCUCUGAGCGGCGUCCUGGUGAUCGCGCUGCCUGUGCCCGUCAUCGUGUCCAACUUCAGCCGCAUCUACCUGCAGAGCCAGCGCGCCGAGAAGAGGCGGGCGCAGAAGAAAAGUUGCCUGGUGAGAAUUUGUGCGGGAAAGAAAGCAGACGCCAACGCUUACCUGCGCUACAAAUGGCUGGCUGGCGCCGACCCGGAGGCGAACAAGGAGGCGGGGGAGGCGCUGGCGUGCACAGCCAACGAUGACAUGAAGGCGCAGCACCAUCACCUCCUGCACUGCCUGGAGAAAACCACGAACCACGACUUUGUGGACCCAAACACGCUGGAGUCGAGCUGCGCGGAGGAGGCGCUGCUGAAGGAGACUCCUGGCCCCUCCUGCUCCUCUUCCUCCUCCUCGCCUCCCGCCUUCACCUCCUGCUGGGCCCGCAAGACCUUUGACCUCUGCAGCUCCACCAGCGACCAUCUGCAGGCCCGCAUGCCGCAACCUUUGACCUCCAGUCGUUCCAGUUUGAACGCCAGAUUCCAGGAGGCGGUCCCGCUGAAAGGAGGGAGGCCGUCCGUCGGCGGCCUGACUCCGCCCGGCGCGACGGGACGGUCCCGGGUGGAGGCCGUGCGCGUUUCUGAGCUCUGAAGGUUCCGUCCCAGAAGUUGGAGAAGCUGAAGGUUUGGACUCAAGUGAGCUGCUAGCUAGCUAGCUUAGCUAAUGACAGCACCUUUCAGACUACAUGCUAAUCAUUCAUUUCAGCAUUUGAUUGCAACAUAGGACAGUUUCACAAGAGGCAUUACCCAUAUAUUAUAUACAUACUGUAUAUUAUAUACACAUAUUAUAUUUGAUACAUACUGGAUGUGAUGAUGUUUGUCAAUGGAAGCAAUCUAGCAUUUAUUAUGAAUGAUGAUGAUGAUUAUUAUUAUUAUUACAGUUCUGAAUGAUGAAUUAUUGUUGUUCAAUGAGGAGGCUAAAAAAACAUUUUGUGCUUCUAAUGUUGAAAGUCUGUCAAUAAAUCAAAGGCUUUGUUGGAAGUUGUCAGGUGCGGGGGCGGAGCUUGUCCUUUCUCACUUCCGAGCCCACCCAGACGCUCGCGCUCCAUCUCACACUGGCUCUGGUGGCGGAGUCGCGGCGACGGCGCCACCGGACGUCAAGAGCGAGUUCGUGUGUAGCUUGCGGCCGUAGUGUAACGCCCACAGCAGCGUCAGCGUGAGCGCCAUGGCCAGGAUCUGGGCCACGCCCAUGGCCACGCCCAGGAAACGCAACACUUGCAGCGGCGUGCUCCCGCGAAUGAACGAGAAAAU